AUGGCCCGCUCGCGCGGUGCUGCAAGGCCUUCCCCAGACCAGGACCACCUAUUCUCGCCGUCACCAUCACCGAAUCAGCCUCAUCCUAGGCUAAUCCAGACAGUCACUACUGCUUCCUCUUACUCAAUUCUUUCGUCCGACUCUACCACGCCGUCCUCUACGACUACCUCAGCCCCAUUAACCGUCCCCCCUCAAACUCCCCCUGAUGUUACGACUGCUCCAGGAUUCACUACCACAUCCUAUGUAGGUAUUCAAACAACUCUCGCGCUAGCAGAUACGACAAUGACGACAACAUUUAUUUUAUCUUCAAUAUCCUCCUCAACUGCAUCUUCGACGUCUGUGCCCGGCUUGGUGAGCAAAUCUUCAUCUCAGUUGGGCUCAGCGAAGAAUCUUCGCAUCUGGCUCGUCAUUGCCGCCGCCGUCGCAGGCACAGUGGUGUUCUGUGCUGUUGUCGCUCUUCUAUGGCGCGCAGACGGAAACGACGAAGGAAACAUGACAAUCAAAUAUCCGAGGAGGCUCUGGACAAUGGUCGAUCUUGCGUACAUUUUCUCUGACGAAGCAGAUCUGCUAGUCACCCGUCCCACUAGCGAGAUUGGGUCUGUCUACUCUAUACCACAGCGUAACGUCCACUCUGUCGGGAGCAUGACGGCGCUCGUGGGGAGUCGGAGAGCCUCGGACCUGGAUCAUGUUAAGGACUCUGUUGAGGAAGAGAUAGAUCAGUUUUCCCCAUUUCCGGCACUCACGUUGGGAAGCGACCUUUCGCUACUAUAUCGCGUCAAUAACGCUGGAGCAGUGAACGGAACGCAUGGCCGACCACCGACAUUCUGGAACGAGCGUAACCUAUCUUCAGCACCUGUACGCAGUACUAGAGUGUCUUACUCGGUCUCCGAGUUGUCGGGGAAUCAUGUCGUACCAGCUACUCCUCCCCCUGCGUACUUGGCCGAAAAUGUCCAGGAGCGGAUCCAUCACUGUCUUGCUUCCUCUUGCCUGUCCUUACUGGUUUUUCGUGCGUCCAAGAUUAUUUCAACAAAUGCCAUUGAUCUAUUUAAUUUGGUUGCUUCGUUCACAAAAAUCGCUGGUAAAAUCUAA